GCCUUGUCAACAUUUCAGUUGUCAACAAAGGAAAAAAUAAAGAAAGGUUUUGCAGAUUUUUGCAGCUCUGAAGAAAGUUUCUCAGGAGUUAUUUCAUCCAUUUGAUCUUGAGUAAACUAAGUUGUAGUUAUCGAAUCGAUUAACAAUAAUUAUUUGAUGGUGGGGUGAAUUUCAUAUCUUUGAGGAGUCGAUCUUCCAGCUCUUCGUAAUGUGUCGCAAUGUCAUUACCGCCAGAAGCUGAAAGUACAUCAGAGGAUAAGCCAUUCCAAUUGGAACAACAAAAACCACUCGUUACAACCCAGCAGCAACCAAUCACGUUAAUUUUGCCCAUUAGCGGAAAGCUGUUUUACGAAAAGAAGCAAGAAUUUCAGCUUUGUAAACCCCAGCUUCUGCCGUUGAAAUCAUUCAGCCUCGAGAAGCUGGAGAAAAUGCAAAAAGAAGCCUACAGGCAAUUGCAGGAAACCCGUGCUCGUACCGCUGCUGAAGGAAUUUAA